GGCAGCGCAGCGCAGCAUGCCCUCCGCCGCCUUCUGCUGUCGCUCCCGCUGCCCAUGGAGAUCGCGCUGGUGACUCUGGAGAACGGCGGCGCCACAGCCAUCGCGGCCGGCGAGGAUGCUGUGGCCGGCGGCGGCGGCAGCAGCACCCGGAUUCGCCGCCGCGGCGACCUGCUCCGCAUCGCCAGCGCCGCCGCAUCGCGCCUGAGCGACAGCAAGGAGGGCGCCUCGCCGCCGGCGGCCGACGAGGAGCGGCAGCGGCCACCGUCCGCUCCUCGCGGAGACGGCCCCGACGGGCGGGCGCUGCGCGGUAUCCCGCCACCUCCUCCCGCUCCGCGGCAGCCAUCGCGCGGCCUGUGCCCCGGCGCGGCCGAGAUGGGCUCCCCGGAGGAAGGUGGACAUCGUCUGGGCAUGGCCAUGGCGGCGGCCGGAGAGGAGGAGGAGAACGAGGAGCAAGAGGAGGAGAGAAUUGUGAGCCGGGGCGCCAUGCAUCACCAGCGGGUGCUGAUCAACAUCUCGGGGCUGCGCUUUGAGACACAGCUAGGUACCCUCAACCAGUUCCCUGACACGCUUCUGGGUGACCCGGAUAAGCGCAUGCAUUACUUUGACCCACUUCGCAAUGAGUACUUCUUUGACCGGAACCGGCCGAGCUUUGAUGGGAUCCUUUACUUCUACCAGUCUGGGGGCAAGCUCCGACGGCCUGUCAACGUCUCCAUUGAUGUAUUUGCUGAUGAGAUCCGCUUCUACCAACUGGGUGAGGAGGCCAUGGAGCGUUUUCGGGAGGAUGAGGGCUUCAUCAAGGAGGAGGAGAAGCCCCUGCCCUGCAAUGAGUUCCAGCGCCAGGUCUGGCUCAUCUUUGAGUACCCUGAGAGCUCCAGCUCAGCCCGGGCCAUUGCCAUUGUCUCUGUGUUGGUGAUCCUCAUUUCCAUCAUCACCUUCUGUCUGGAGACCCUGCCAGAAUUCAGGGACGAGAGGGAGAUGCCCAUGCCCUUGCCUCCACAAAAUGGAGGCUUGAAUGGCACACUCGGCGACUCCCCACCUGUGCAGUCACCCAGCAGCCUCUCUGACCCCUUCUUCAUCAUUGAGACCACCUGUGUGAUCUGGUUUACCUUUGAAUUACUUGUUCGCUUCUUCGCCUGCCCCAGCAAGCCUGAGUUUUCCCGCAAUAUCAUGAACAUUAUUGACAUUGUUGCAAUUAUCCCCUACUUCAUUACCCUGGGGACUGAGCUUGCGCAUGAGCAGCAGCAGCCAGGGACUAGCAGUAGCAAUGGAGGGAGUGGCCAGCAGCAAGCCAUGUCCUUGGCCAUCCUUAGAGUCAUUCGUCUUGUCAGAGUUUUCAGGAUCUUCAAGCUCUCCAGGCACUCCAAGGGACUGCAGAUCUUGGGACAGACUUUGAAAGCCAGCAUGAGGGAACUGGGCCUCCUCAUCUUCUUCCUCUUCAUUGGGGUGAUCCUCUUCUCCAGUGCUGUCUAUUUUGCUGAGGCUGAUGACCCUGAGUCUCAUUUCUCCAGCAUCCCUGAUGCUUUUUGGUGGGCAGUAGUGACCAUGACCACUGUAGGCUAUGGAGACAUGCGACCUGUCACUGUGGGGGGCAAGAUUGUAGGUUCUUUGUGUGCCAUUGCUGGCGUGCUCACCAUCGCCCUACCUGUCCCUGUCAUUGUAUCCAACUUCAACUACUUCUACCACCGUGAAACUGAUCAUGAAGAGCAAGCUGUUCUCAAGGAUGAACACAACAGUGCUCAGAGUAGCACAGCUGGGGGAGAUGCAAAAAGAAGAUCCAGUAAAAACUCAUUGAACAAAUCUGUUGUGCACUUGGAAAACAGUGAGGGGUUCAACAAUGGUACAAAUUCGUUAGAGAAAACGAGUAUCAAAGCUAAAAGUAAUGUAGAUCUCAGAAAAUCUCUCUAUACUUUCUGUUUGGAUGCUAAUAGAGAAACAGACUUGUAAAGAAAGGAGAAUAAGUUGAGACAUGCAGAAGUAUUUGCUGGUGUCAAACCUUAAAACUAAUAUUAUUCUUUAGUACCACCAUUUUAAAUCAGGCUAUAUUUUAUAAAUUGAUAACUUUCC